AUGUUCGUGAUGGUCCCCGUUCUGUUUGUCUACCAAAGACUAAUCAACGUACUAGAGCAACCGCAUCUGAUCGUAUCUGUCGUAGCCGGCGUGUACGCAACUGUCUUCACCGUCAUUGGUAUUGGUCUGUCCAUAGACGCGCUGAGUUCACCGGUGGAGUCAGGGCCGCAGAAUUACUUUGGCUGGGCUGUGUACUGGUCGAUAGAGAGCUACGGGUCCGUGGUUGUUCCGCUGCUCUGG